AGUGCUCUCCCCGUUUUAGAUGUAAUUUGAAAAGCAACAGCGCUUCCUGGUGGUGAAGUGGUAUUCGAAGCUGAACAAAGUACACACCUUUGUAUCAAUAAAAAAUGUAAAGUUUACAAUUUAGUAGCAACUAGCAUUGAGGUUGCAUAUCGCAACUAACGUAAAAAAUAAAAUAAAAACUCACCCCACCGCAACGUCAGUACAGUAUCUAAAUGAUUGGCAAUUUUUACACUACCAUAAUGGCCAGACUGGUUAAAUAAAGUAAAAGAGUGAAUAUUGAACAAUUAGUUAAUAGAAGAUUGAGCUCUGCUAAAAAGAGUAAAAACAAAGUGUGGAUGUCGGCGAAGACUCCUACAACGCACGCAACGCACCAAAUAUCUAAUAUAUAUGGCACGUUUGGCAACAACUACUCGGUUGUUUCCGUCGGAACAUUUAUCGAGGUGCACCCUACGUGGUGCGCUUGAAAAAUAACCCGGGUCCUACGACGCUUCCCAAACAUGUUUUUCCUAUUAUAGAUUUAAUACGUAUAACAUCGGAAUUUACAAUGAAGUUUCGAUCGAAAAUUAUAGAUAUUGGAUGUCUCAAUAACUUCACACGUGUUGUGACUACCAUCUCUAAACUGACCAAGACGUGCGUCCUCAGGCUCACUCCAGACAACCUGUACUUUGUGUUGUCUGGUAAAGUGGACAAUGGAGGGGUGGGUAUGUGGUGUGAACUAUCUCAGGCCAAGUUCUUUGAUGAGUUCCAGCUGGAGGGUGUGUCAGCGGAGGCCAAUGAGAUUUGCCUGGAGUUGGCACCUGACAACCUUUCCAGGGCACUUAAAACCGCCCAGAAUGCCAAAACUGUUAAGAUCAAACUGACAAAGAAGCACUGCCCCUGCUUGACCAUUGCUGCUGAACUGCCAACAAUGUCCAGCGCGAGUCGGGUUGUCACCCACGACAUCCCUGUGGACGUCAUCCCCAAGAGGCUGUGGAAUGACUUCAAGGAGCCCAGCAUGCCUGACUUUGACGUAAGCAUCUACAUGCCCCCUCUGAAGAUCAUGAAGAACGUGGUGGACAGAAUGAAGAACCUCUCCAACUUCCUUGUCAUAGAAGCCAACAUGAAUGGGGAGAUGAACCUGAAGAUAGAGACUGACUUGGUCUCGGUCGCAACCCACUUCAGAGACCUGGGCAACCCACCCUGGGCUGGUGGUGAUGGGUCCCAGGCGGGGGCCAACUCCCAGAGGGACCCUGAGGCCAUGGUCCAGGCCCGGGUGGACGUCAGGAAGCUGCAGCAGUUCCUCAUGGGACAGCAGUUUAACCCUAGCAAAGCCAUGUGCAAUAUCGUCCAGAAUACCAUCAUCCACUUGAUUCUCCUUUAUGAAGAUGUGUCCUUGCAGUACUUCAUCCCUGCUGUGGCCUAGGAACCUUACGCUCCUGAACAAGGGACCGGUCUGAGCAGCACCAUCAACAUCAUACGAGGCCCAUUCAUGUUCCCAGUCUUAUAGGACGUUCUAAAAGUCAUACUGUUAUUUUAAGAUUAAGGGUUCAAUUUGUUUUUUGGAUGAUCAGUCAACCAACUUGAUCGGAGAAUGUACAUCUGGGUCAAAACCCACUUUGAUUUGUGUUUAAGUUUAUUUUGCAUAUGUUGUAAUUAUUGUAAAUAUAAACGUCGAAGUAUGUGGAAGUGUCUGCACUCCUAGUUCCCUCUGAUCAGUGCAUGUUCAAUAAUAAUGGUUUUCACUUAUUUCAUUAAGUGACGCUGGCAAUUAGAAGAUGAGACCAAUCCUACAGCAAAUCAGCGUUUAUUUUUCUGCACAUAAUGAAAAAUGAAUGGAUGUGACAAAGAAAUUUGUAAGGGGCACAUCGUUGUUGUUUUUUUUGGGGGGGGGGGGGAGAAAGUAA